AUGGAGGUUUUAAUUCCACCAACGGGUGACCUCACGGGCGAAUUCAAUGAGCUGCUGCGCAAGCGAAACGCAGCGCCAGCAACAGCCAGAGCCGACAUUGAAAAGGCAGACAGCUUUCUCAAGGAGGCAUACAGAAUUAACUCACACAUUAUUACACUGCACAAAGAGCUCCGCGAUGUACGACAAGCCUACCUAUCGACGGCGCAGCCCCGACGAACACAAUCGCGCGCGGCGCACGGCCAGCCGCGCGUGCUGACGGAUCGCGAGCGCGAAGAGGUCGACGCCAACGCGAAGCAGAUGAUCCGGGAGCUCAACGCUAGCAUCCGGGCGGUCGACGACGCGGAGCUGCUGCGGCGGGAGACGGCGGCGGCCGUGGUGCGCAAGACGUACGGCAGCGCGCUGGGGGCGCUUGGGUCGUGGGCGUCGGGCGGCAGCAGCGGGCUGACGGGCAAGACGGCGGAGCACGCGGCGGCCGAGGCGCGCGCGCAGCAGACGGAGAUGCACCGCGACAGCGUGCUGUGGUUCCUGCGGCAGCGGCUCGAGCAGUGCUGCCGCACGCAGCAGGACAUGAUGGAGACGCGGCUGACGCGGGAGCUGGAGAAGUCGCGCGGGUUCCUGGCGGCGCCGGCGUCGGACUUUGCAGACUUUGCGCAGGCGACGAGGUCAGCGGGUGGUGGCGCGUCGUCGUCGAGUACAGAUGCGGCAGCGGCAGCGGCGUACGGGUCAGGAAACGAGGGCUUGACGGAGGAUCAGGUACAAAUGUUUGAGGAGGGCAACCAGGACAUGAUGAAGCAUUUUGAGAGCACAUUGGCUAAAGUACAAACGGCCGAAAAAUCACUGGUGGAAAUAUCGGAGCUGCAGUCCUUGCUGGUCAACAACCUGGCGAUCCAGUCGGCGCACAUUGAGCAGCUGGUGACGGACUCGCUGUCGACGGCCGACAAUGUCGGCGGCGGCAACAAGGAGCUCAAAAAAGCAGCGCAGCGACCAAGCGCAGCACGAUAUACUUUUUUUGCAGCGAGUGGGCUGUGCGCGUUUCUCGUGCUGUGGGAUCUGAUUAUAUGA